AAUUAUUUGCAACCUACUCAUCAAUUCAAUCCAAGGCACCUAAAAGAAAGUAACUAACAAACAAAAAAGGAAGAUGCAUAUCAUAUGUCGAUUCUAGUGGCAAAUGUUGCGUUCUAAAGACAGACCAAAACAACUGCAUCUGUGCCUUCUUGUUUCAGGGUUCCUAAAGAUUAAAGAUGGGACUUGCUCUGGGUUGUCUUCAAGUGGAGCAAUCAACUGUAGCUAUCAAAGAAGUUUUUGGCAAAUUCGUUGAUGUUCUUGAACCUGGUUUCCACUGUGUGCCAUGGUUCUUUGGCACCCAAGUAGCUGGUUACCUUUCUUUGCGUGUGCAACAGCUAGAUGUUCGAUGCGAAACCAAGACAAAGGACAAUGUUUUUGUCACUGUCGUUGCAUCUGUUCAAUAUCGAGCUAUGGCGGAAAAGGCAGUGGAUGCUUUUUACAAGCUUAGCAAUACCAGGGAACAGAUUCAAGCCUAUGUCUUUGAUGUUAUCAGGGCAUGCGUCCCAAAGAUGGAGCUAGAUUCCUCUUUUGAGCAGAAGAAUGAAAUUGCAAGAGCUGUUGAGGAAGAACUUGAAAAGGCGAUGUCUGCUUAUGGGUAUGAGAUAGUUCAGACUCUCAUUGUGGAUAUUGAACCUGAUGAGCGGGUGAAAAGAGCCAUGAAUGAGAUAAAUGCAGCUGCAAGAUUGAGGGUGGCCGCAAAUGAGAAAGCUGAAGCAGAGAAGAUUUUGCAGAUCAAAAAGGCAGAAGGAGAUGCAGAAUCAAAGUAUCUAGCAGGGCUUGGAGUGGCUCGUCAGCGGCAAGCCAUAGUAGAUGGUCUGAGGGACAGUGUGCUAGCCUUCUCAGAGAAUGUUCCUGGGACAACAUCUAAGGAUGUCAUGGACAUGGUUUUGGUAACCCAAUACUUUGACACGUUGAAGGAGAUUGGUGCGUCCUCAAAAUCCAAUUCUGUUUUUGUUCCACAUGGACCAGGUGCUGUAAGAGAUAUUGCUUCACAAUUUAGAGAUGGCCUUCUUCAAGGAAAUAUGGCUCAGUCUUGAAGUCGCACAUAUCACAUUACUAGAACUAUAGGAAUCUAUCUUCUAAACUUCAUCGAUUUACGUUUUUUUUUUGUAUGACUAUUAAGUUUGAACUAAUUCGGUAUGUUAAUAUGCCUUUCCAUAUCCACUGUCUUUCUUCUACCCAUGUUUUCUUGAGUUGUGAACAGUCCAACAUUCUACUGUUCUUUUUUCCUUUGAAAUAAAAACAAUGGUGUU